AUGGCGCCCAACAAUUUUGACUUGCGUAUGCAGUCCCCUCGCCCGGAAACGCCUGAGCCGUCAUCGAAGCAGGGCAGGCGAAACGCCCAGCUUGAUGCCCAGUUGCUUGACGCCGACGGUGCAAUUUCUGACAAGCUCGAACGCUGUCUUCGUCAUAUUUUUGCAAAGUAUUGCACGCCUUGCCCGGCGCGUCCCAAAAAAUAUGACUUUACGGUUCUCCUCACGCCUCCUGAUGAUGCGAUUCUUGACGUAGCAGGGCUAGAUGCGUGGGCACAAGACACGAAUGGCGCACCGUUUAGUGAAGAGACAAAAGAGGAGCUCAGGGAGUUCUUGGACGUCACCGAAGAAGGCGAACUGACGUUUAAAGGCUUCGCGCAGAUAUAUCAGCUGCAGACAGAGAAUGACGAGGAAGAAACAUGGAGGGAUCUGUCAAACCACGGAUUUGAUCGCACCCUCACUCUUGUUUCGACGCGUCGGGAGGAAGAGGCUGAGAGCAGCCAUAUGCCCCUUUUCGUGCCGUGUACAUGUACGUCAGGUCGCUCUCACUUUCCAUUUAUACGCGAAUGUCAAUCACCUUUCACGUAG